AUGGAAUGUGGUGCAAAUAAGCGAGGUAGAGACCGAAACGACGGCUUGACUGGAGGGGAGAAAGAGUUGGAUGGGAUUUUGGCAGAGCCGAUUGACGAAGAGAAGGACGUUGAACCAGUCGACAACGAUUGGGUGUCGCGUACAGACAAGGUUGAUGAAAAUGUCAGGAACACUGGACUCAGAACAGUGCGAUCCUUGGUCAACGGCGGGUUGGCGCUGUUUGCUCUUGGAGCGUUGUCGCCUGUUGGUUUGCUUUUGAAGCAUUUGGAUGACAUGAAGUCGGACAAGGAUGAUAGUGGGUCUGAGAACAGAGACAACGAAGUGGAGAAGAGUACAGUGGAUGAUAAUGAUCUGUAA